GUGCAAACGAUCCAAUCAGUGGUGCCAACGGCGGACGCUUCAGAAGGCAAUUUUUUGCUAUCGGGCUUUCUUAAGAUGGCCGCGGCUAAGGGCAGUUGUGGUCUAGAAAGUGCUCCUGGAAAUGGGCGGCGGCUCCACCUAGGGAUUCCAGAAGCAGUGUUUGUGGAAGAUGUAGACUCUUUCAUGAAGCAGCCUGGGAAUGAAACUGCAGAUACAGUGUUAAAGAAGCUGGAUGAACAAUACCAGAAGUAUAAGUUUAUGGAACUCAACCUUGCUCAAAAAAAAAGGAGACUGAAAGGUCAGAUUCCUGAAAUUAAACAGACUUUGGAAAUUCUGAAAUACAUGCAGAAGAAAAAAGAGUCCACCAAUUCCAUGGAGACCAGAUUCUUACUGGCAGAUAACCUGUACUGCAAAGCUUCAGUUCCUCCUACUGAUAAAGUGUGCCUUUGGUUGGGGGCUAAUGUAAUGCUUGAAUAUGAUAUUGAUGAAGCUCAGGCAUUGUUGGAAAAGAAUUUAUCAACCGCCACAAAGAAUCUUGAUUCUCUUGAGGAAGACCUUGACUUUCUUCGAGAUCAAUUUACUACUACAGAAGUCAAUAUGGCCAGGGUUUAUAAUUGGGAUGUAAAAAGAAGAAACAAAGAUGAUUCUACCAAGAACAAAGCAUAACACUGGCAAUUGAAAAUGUAGUUCAGGUUUCCAAACAUGUUAAAUAAGCCAAUGUUUAUCUUUAAAGAUUGAUGUAACUUUGAGUGAUUUUUUUUUUCACAGCAAGAAUAAUUAAAACUUUAAAAAACACCAUUUUAUUUAUUUAUGAAAACAAAAUUACUUUCAAAUAUUUUAUGAAAUUAACAGUAUUUUUUUUCAUAUUUCCCUACAAGGUACUGCUGCUUAUGUUGUAGUUUAUGUGUUAUAAGACAACUCUUAACUGAAAUGGCCGGAAACUGUGAGGAAUGCUACGGAGGCUGCUGAACGCUGGCCACCAGCACAGUUUACUUUUUCUUUACUGAUUGAUGUUACUCUCUCUUGAUGUGGUGAACCUUUUAGAGGCAGGGAAGACAGACAGUUCCAACAUUUGUAAGCCGGCUCUUCUUUAGUAGGACACUGCCAUCCUCUGUGGCUGUUGUGUUCUGUAAAGAGGCUUUCAUGCAUUUUUGCUUAACCAGUAGAUUUUCUGAUACUCUGAACUUUUCAGAAACUGAUUAUUUGCUUUCCUACCUAGUAUGAGGGCUGUUGACAUACACAAAACUUUGACCCCCAAAUAAGUGCACUGUGUCUUUGCAAUGCCAGUAUAAGGGAGACUUGAUCAAUGUGAGACAGCACUACCCAUUCAAAACUUUAAGCUAAGGUAAUUUUAUAUUAUGUAACAGUUCUCCAAAGCAUCUUGAACAGGAAUAUUAACAUAAAUGUAAAUCUGCAUUGGUUGAAAAGAGUUGUAAGCUUUUUUAUUCAUCAUAAAUUGCAUAGGAAGGAUAAAAAUCUCUGGAAAGCCAUUGGUACUGUGGUAAAAGUACAUGCAUGUUAUUCCAUCUCUGUGUAGUAAAAAAUAUACUUGUACAGUGUUUUGUACUUGUAUUUCAUGUUAUUAAAACAAUGAUAUUCAGACAGUUGCCUGACACUUUUUUCUUUUUUUUUCCUGACACUUUUUUCAUGUUACUCUUUGUCUUAAUCUGUAUAGGUUUCUGGCAAAUACCAUAAAUCAGGCCAAACAAGCAUUUACAUUACAUGAGUAUACAACUAAUAAGUCCAAUUGAAGUGCAAGGGCAGAGCCCUCAUGA